CCACAAAAACAACAACAAAACGGAACACGGUCCCUUUUGUCAAUGUCAAAUCAAAAUAUAUGUGACACGUAAUUUCACAUAAUUAAAUUUGCUUUUUGUGACCUCCAAAUGUGAAAAUUCACGUUAAAUUUUACAUGUACCGAUCAUUUAUACCGCGGCAAUAUGUCCGAUAAAGGUUUUGGUGAUCAUAUAAACAGGGGUGUUGUGAAAAAUCCGUUAUUGUCUAGUGCUGUUACAGGACUCUCUAUCGAAGAUUUGACGCACAACACGGUGUUGAUGCCCGCGGUACCGAAUCAAGAACUGAUCACAAGACAAGAUAAACAAUGCGGGCCCCAAACAGCUACCUUGGCGAACACCACGCAAAAUAUAUCAAACUUCCCAUCUGGCGACGCUAAUUCAAAUCCGCUCCCACCAAACAUAUUCGCGAACGUCAAUUUGAACACGUCACUAAUAAAAAAAGAUUCGCAAAACAAUGAAAUUAAAGAAAUCACAACGUCCACUCAAUCGAAGGCGUCCGUGAAGUCGGAUGAUGAUUUCGACGUGAACGAGUACUUUGCGCGUUUGCAAGGCUCAAGAUACGUAAGCGCUCCAUUGAGUAGCAUUAUAAAGGAGGAUCAGAAUGCGAAUUUGCAGGCGGUAGAGGAAAAUCUAGAGGAGAUUAACUUGAACGAGCCUGAGAAAGCGAACGAGGAGAUACAGCAUAGUCUAACAGCGGAUAUUGCACAGAAUUUCUCGCAGUUACCUACAGUGCUGCCGCAAGUGGCUAGCGCGGUGUUCAGCUCGUUUUCGAACAUGCUGAGCAUGAAGAGCAGGGAUGUGCCUGAUGUUGGUAAUGUGCAUAGAGAGGAGAGCGUGCCGCUGGGAGUGCCUGAUGCUCCGAGAAGUGUAGCUCCGCCUCCACUAAAGGAACCGCCAGCUAGUGGUACAGGCAACUAUCGCAUCACAACGAAGAAAAAAGUCUACGCUCAAAUUCCGGGAUUGACUGGCGAAGCACAGAAUUUACAGUACAAUCCGAAUCAGCAAAUGGCAUAUCCACCUCAGAAUAUAUACAGUCCACAGACAAACCAAGGAAAUCAACUAGGAUAUGCCACAGAUGCACAAAACACAUCAUACAAUACUGGUCAGGCAUCCUAUAGUACUACUCAAACAGUUAACCAGCCACCAUACUUCGUUCCAGAAACAUUUACAUCAAGUGAUAAUAAAAAUGAUGUUAUUAAACAACAGGAUAGAGUGGAAAAGAAGGAAUCAGUGUAUAACUUCUUUACACCGGAGUCUAAUACAAAAUCAAGUCAAGAAUUACAAUUUGAGACACUGCAACCUAAAACGGAAAGUUUAAUUCCUCAAACGGUACAAAAUAUUCCCUUUGAGAAUACACCACCUAAAACAGAGAGUUUUGUACAUCAAACGACACAAAAUGUUCACUUCGACAAUACGCCACCUAAAACGGAAAGCUUCGUACCAGAACCGGUACAAAACACGGCAAAUGUGAAUGAACAAUUCGAGCCUGAUGCUUCUAUGACUUUUAAACCCAUUCCGGCAUCUACAGGUCAAAUCAUACCGCCACCGCCGAUGUUUUCAAACGUACCACGUGAUAGUCAAGGUUCCGUAGAAAGGACGGUCCUACCACCGUCUGUAGCGAGACGCAUAUCAGCUAAACAACCAGUGAUAAAGCAGCAAACACCGCCAAUGAACGUACAGGGAAAUAUAUUUGUGCCUACAUUCGAACCUCAAGAACAGAGUUCCAAUAUGCAAUCAGAAAGUCAAGUAGCGCAAGGAAAUAUGUCUAUACAUUCUGUUAGUUCAAGCGAUACAGUGUUACCACCUAGCAGUUUGUUCGCACCAAAUCUGAGCUCUUCUUUUGAUAUGAACACGGAAACAAAUAGUUACAAAUCACCACCUCAAGAAGGAGCAGUUAUGCAAACAAACGUACCGCAAAGUAAUUGGCCAGGAAUGCACGUGCAACAACCUACAAAAAUGCCUUAUCAACAAUCAACUAUCUUGGAACCAACUAAGCCAAAAUCUGAAACAGAAAGUAUUGUGCCACAAGUCUCUAAUGCAAUGGCAUCGUUUCAAUCUAAUCCUACACCUUUAUAUCCUCCUUCAAUUCAACCACCGAAAGCUAAAGCACAAGAACAUCAAUCUUCAUCGAUACAGCAGCCUAUUGACGUCACAAAACCACCUCAAUCAGUAUUAAAUGAACCGCCACCAAUUUUUUAUGAUCCUACAAAAAUGGUUCAACAAAAAACAGAAUUAGAAAAGCCACUUCCACCAUCUGCUCCUGAAAAUGUUAAUCAGUAUUUUAAUCAAAAUCCCACACCCUCAGAACCACCAAAAACUGUGAUCGAACCGCCCAAAAUGACAGGAAAUUUAAAUCUUAGAAUGACGAAGAAAAGACCACAAUAUUAUUCGGGUCCUAUAGAAGGAGUUGGCAGUAUAAGCAAUAAUAUCAAACCGACAUUGAAUCCUGUUCAGGUUGAUUCGUUUCAAGGUGCACUAUUCACUCCGAGUCAAGAAAUUAUUCAAAACGUAGCGGGAACACAAAGCAAUAUAACCAGUAUACCCAGUGUAGAUGCAUCAACUCUAUAUGGUAGCCCUAACGUGGCAUCACCGUAUAUACCUCCAUCAGUACCAUUACCACCAUUUCAAACAAAUUAUAACACAGCUUUUGACUUAAGCCGACCGACAACAGAACUAUACGAACAAUCUCCGCCGAAACCAGACCCGGAACCAACAAAAGGAUUCGGUUUACUUGGAUCUUUAAAAUCUAAGCUCGGCUCUAUAGACAUCAAUAAGAUCCAAAGUACUGUAACAACAUUCUUUGAUCCAGCUUACAAUGAAAGUAAAGGAGAAACAACUUACAAGCAAGAAACGACUUACGCACCUCAAACUUACGGCAAUGACUAUUCAAAGGACAGUUCAACAUUUGACAUUUUCGUUGGUGAUUACAAUAGAAUGCAACCAAGCAAUUAUUCGACUAAUUAUUAUAAUACUGAAUUUCAAAACGCUAAUUUUAACGUGCAAGAAUCAAUGAAUGAACACAAAGAUGUGAAACAAUCUGUAAUGGAUAUUGGUUGGCGUGAUUCUUCUUCUGCUUAUAUAGAUCGAAGUGACGUUCAACACCCGAGCUAUAGCCAAGCUAAUUUAAACACAGUAGGAAGCACAAUAGGAUCCGGUAUUACAACAAUGAAAACAACAACUGAAGUACAAAGUACUUAUAAAAAUGAUUAUAAUAACUUUGCAACUUUGGAAUAUCCCAUUGUUACAAGCAAUUUAGAUGCCACCGUGCCUUAUAUGGCUGAAAAUGUGGUAAAAAAAAGUAGCAUACCUACCUUAUCAUCUGUGCCUAAUAAAAAUAACCCACUUAGUCUAUUCAGCGCACCAUUCGUCGCCUCGGAACCCACAAAUUUAGAUGACAAGAUAGUAGAAAGUGUUACCAAUUUGGUAUUAAAUUCUACGCCACAACCGACAGACGAUACGCAAACAAGUGAUGCAGACCAAAUAGAAAAACCUAUAAGUGAAUUGCUUACGAAUCCACCGAUUGAAAAUACAUUUAAACUGUUCGAUUCGCAUCCAUUGCUUCCAUCUGAUGAAAACGUCGUAUCUGAAAAGACUUUUAUAAUCAAAGACGAAAUUGAUCCAGAAUAUGAUAUAACAACACAGAAUGUAUAUAGUAGUUUUGAAGACAGUCCCAUACAUGGUAUAAAGACAACGACAAUUGAGAAUAAUUUAAAUGUAGUGCACGGUGACGUAUCAAACGACAUGAAGGCUAACGAUACAUUAUUUAAAUACUUUGAUAAACCAGCGUCAGGAUCGUCAGCACAUUUAUUUGAAUUUUCGAGUUUAACAACAUCUAGUGUGCCUCCAAAUGCUUCCACAUUUGAUGACCUAAAUGCUGUGAAAGACAAACUUGAAAGUUUGGCUUUACAUGAAUCUGAGAGAAACAUAUUGAGUGAACCUGCUCAAGACGAAGACGCCUCUGAUUUGAAUAUUUGUGUAACAUGUAGAGAAGUCGAUAAACCCGAAGAUAAAGAAGAGGUCGAAGAUCUAACGACUCAGUUAAUUGAAAAUAUAACAGCACCAAUUCAACUAUUGAAUCCCGUUGGUGCAGCUCUGCCUGAAAGUGAGCACGAGAAUACUCAAGCUGUAUCAAUCGAUCCGCUCAGUGAUAUAGCUAAUAUUACUGAAGAAGUAAUUGACGAAAUACCUAUACAUACAGUUACCGAACUACUAAAUGAUGUAAAUCUUGAUGAUUCUUUCCCAAACUAUGGUUGGAAUACAGCUGAUAUAAAUAAUAUACUAAAUGUUAAUAAUUUAGUCGAAAACGAUUACAUUCUUGAACCUGACCCCAAUGCUAUAGGUUUUCUCCAAAAUAAAUCAUUAUUUUUCGAGAACAUACCUAACAAUGCAAGUGAUGAAAUAAAAGCUGAAUUCAAAAACUCCCACGAUGAACCGGCCAUUAUUCCGAGACCAAUAAAUAUACCAGCUGCGCCUGAAGAAGAUAAUAAAUCCGAUGAAAGUGGCUUAGAUGUUCUAUCUAUUGAACAAGAUGCUAAAAAAGACUUUCCAAUUUACGAUGAUUUCGUAAUUGAGCCCUCUGAAACUGACGAUGACAAAAUAGAAUGUAUGGAGCGCGAAAAGAGUGCCGAAGAUUUCGUUCCAGAAGUUGAUUCAUUCACUAAUAGAGUUGAGAGAUUUAAGCAAAUGGAAAAUGUAGAGGGUGAUGAAGUUUUCGAAGCGCAAGCGUUAGUUUCUACGCCACCAGCUGUUCCCUCUACAACCAGUCCUGCUAUAACUAUAGCGUCAUACUUCGAUACAGGGAACUAUGCUGUCGAUUAUCACUUCUACAGAAAUUCCCUACCGUCACCUACAGGGUUACAACCUUACACAGGUUUGCCACCACCAAUGCGCAUACCGCCGGGCUUCGAAAAGGAAUUUCAUAGACGGCUCAGCGGUAUUUCAACGGAAAAUCUGCCAGCUACGUCCCCUGAUCACCAGAAACAUGUCCCUGAUACCACAACACAAACUAGAGGAUCGCCUACCAUUACGUUCACUCAACCGCCAGUCACUCAAUCGAAUGUAACACACACAUGCAACGCUACAAUAAAACCGACGGUUGCCAUAGAAACGAUUCUAACUAAGCCCAUUGAAGAACCGGUUAUAGCUGACGUGGAACGUCUACCCGCAUUUUCUAGCCUUACCGGUCAAACUGUUGAAAAUAAGGAAGAAGACGUUCCGAAAGUAAUUAAUGCACUACCACAAGCAGAAGCUGCACCUUUGCCUGAUCCUAUGAAUUUUUUCGCUACAGAAGCUAGCACUUCAAACAACGAAGGCGAAUAUAACAACUUCAGUAGGCUAUCCAGCUAUUUCGCAUCACCACCAAAAACGGACACAGCGAAGUCUUUUUUUGAAUUAAGCCAAUCGCAAAACCAUUAUAGACAUUCCUCUAUGGAAAAUGACGUUCGCAAUUUCUUCGACCCCAAAAACAACGAUACGCACAAAGAGUCAGACAAAAAAGAUGAUACACAAAUGAGAUAUAAUGCAAAUAUGGAUUUAAUACGCGAUCUAGCCAAUUACAAGGAUCCAUCACCGAAAGAUGACGUAGUUAGGACGGUUAAUUAUUUCACAGUAGAAUUUGAUAUGAAUAAAUCAAUCGAUGCUAUAGGUGAAGCCAGUGACGUUAAAAUAACAGACAAAGACGUUAAUAGGAUACCGGACAAUUCACGUAAUGAUACUAAGAAUAUUCAAGAGGUAGUGAGAAAAUGUAAAAAUUGCUGUAACUUUAACACGGGGCGUAUAGUUAAAUUAAAUUUGGAUUGCGUUGAAUGUAAAUUUAGGAAGUGUAUGGAUAUAAGUGAAGACAAAAAGGAAGAAGUUGAUAUGGAUGUUAAAAACGAGAGUCACAAUCAGAGUGUUACUGUUAAUUUUAUGGAGCAUUCGUUGCGAGAGGAUCCGGACGACGGGGUUGCUAUAUUGUCCGAGAGUCGUGCCUCAACAGAAUAUUCUCCAGUGAAACACCACUGGUUCUACCGCGUGGAUAAAGAUGGCAACUCUAUAUGGCGAGGCUUCUCUAUGGCUGACUCUAUGGCGCUAGAGAAUGCUUUUAAUAGUCCGGAUCUAACGGACGAAACGCUGGUGCCUACCGACGGGGGGAGGUACGACGUGAACGUUAAAGAGCGGCUCCGUAUGCCGGUGUAUUGGAACGAGAAACCUACUAAUGUUAGACGAUGCAGUUGGUUCUACAAAGGCAACACGGACGCGAGAUAUGUACCUUAUACGGAACCUGUGGCUGAAAAAUUAGAGGAGGAAUACCGUCACGGCGUCACCACCGGUGAAUGGCAUAGACGUCUGAUGUUACCGAACAGUGAGCUCGUGGUGAUGCACGGACCAGCGGUUAUGGUGCACUUUCUGCAGACGGGAGACAGCUUCAGCAGCAGCCCGUCAGCAACCCGUCCCCGCGUAGUUCGUCGCGGUUGUGUUGAAUCGGAAAUAGAAGACACAGAGCCGUCUCACGUCGACCACCUGCUGCUGCUGUGUCACGGGGUUGGAUCCGCUUGCGACAUGCGCAUGCGGGCCGUCGAGGCGGUCGUAAACGACUUUCGAACAACGAGUCUACAAUUACUGCAGUCGCAUUACAAGAAUUCAUACGACAGCGGACUUGUUGGGAGAAUCGAGGUGUUACCAAUAUCAUGGCACGCACGUCUACACUCAUCGGAGACGGGUGUCGACACACGCUUGGCCAAUGUGACGCUAGAGAGUAUACCGUGGUUGCGAGGCUUCGCCAACGACACGCUGCUCGACGUGCUGUUCUACACCAGCCCCGUGUUCUGUCAGACGAUAAUAGACACGGUGUGCAGUGAAAUGAACAGAAUAUACCACCUUUUCAAGAAGCGAAACCCGGAUUUCGAUGGUGGUGUGUCUCUGGGCGGACAUUCCUUGGGCAGCGUUAUAUUAUACGAUUUACUUGGUCAUCAGUUACCUGAGAUGUCAUCGCAAAAUUUGACGGAAAAAUCAUACGUGCAAGGCUACGCGGGAGCAGGACAACCUAUGGUCAAAUAUCCCAAAUUGGAUUUUCAUCCAGAAAUGCUAUUUGCUCUUGGCAGUCCUAUAGCCAUUUUCGAGUGCAUACGCGGCGUGGAGUUACUAGGCGAGAAAUUCUGUCUACCGACUUGCAAGAAUUUCUUCAAUAUCUUCCAUCCAUACGAUCCCAUCGCUUACCGUAUCGAACCAAUGAUAAAUCCAGUGCUGAAAGACGUGAAGCCGUAUCUGAUACCACACCACAAGGGAAGGAAGAGGAUGCAUUUAGAAUUAAAAGACACGAUGACCAGAUUCGGUGCGGAUAUAAAACAAAAAUUAAUCGAAUCAAUAAAGAGCACUUGGUCCAGUAUGUGGAAAACGCAGCCGCCGCCGAGUGACCAGCUUGAGAAGGUUGUCGAAGAAGAGAUGGAGAAAGAAGAAUUGGUGGAAGAGUGCAAAGAAGAUGUUAGCGAAGAGCCACUGGCGACACCCGAAAUGCUGGGCCGCUUAAACGACGGUCGUCGUGUAGACUACGUUUUACAAGAGGCGCCGUUUGAAAUGAUCAACGAGUAUCUGUUCGCUAUGACGUCACACGUGUGCUAUUGGGAGUCAGAAGACACAAUAUUGUUAAUAUUACGCGAAAUAUAUUCGUCGCUACGCGUGCAGCCCGACUGCAGUCUGCCGCAACGCAAUAUGACUGUGCAACGGACUAGGAUUACUCAUGAUGGUGUUACAGUAUCCACUUCUAUAGAAUCACCUUCCACUAGCCGCGGUGCAACAUAAUAGUUUUGAAUAAAACAACGACCAAACAUACAUGACGAAAAAUGGAAAAAAUAUUAGAAAAAUUUAUUUUUUAAAUGUAAUAAAAUUUAUGACUUCAA